GUUUCUUUUUCUCCAGUCUUCUGGACAUAAACUGUUUGUUCGCAUAAUCUCUUGAAGUCAACACCAAUUAUAGGACUGAAUUGAUUGUGUGAAUGAAAUCAAAGUACAAACCGUUACUAAUGACAAAGAGACUAUUUUUCAGGCUUUAGACAGACAUUAGACCACUCGUGAGGUCUAUAGAUGUGGACAAACAAAUGCGGCAAAACACCCGAUGCCAGAGCCCGUACUUAUCAGACUAUUAUCAAAGAGGCGGCCGUCUCUCAGGAAGAGGCCGAAUUACGUAAAAAACUUAUUGACAAAUCAAAAUCAGGCGAAUUGAAAGCCGUUUCUGACGAUAAGUCUGGCAAAAGGCGGCGCUGGGAUCAGCCCCAGACCGGUCCCACUGCUGACGAACCCCCUAAGAAAAAGUCGAGUUGGGAUUAUGCAGAAGCGGCCACACCUGCGGCACCCGGGAUGUGGGACCAGACACCUGGACGUCACCUUACAGAGGACUCCAAAGUUCCCGAAAGGUGGGACCCGACACCUAUACACCCGUCAACAACCCCUCUAACUCCUGGUCACGAAACUCCUGGUCUUAAGUCGAGUACUCGACGCAACCGAUGGGAUGAGACUCAGAGGACUCCAAAGUGGGACCCGACACCUAUACACCCGUCAACAACCCCUCUAACUCCUGGUCACGAAACUCCUGGUCUUAAGUCGAGUACUCGACGCAACCGAUGGGAUGAGACGCCAAAGACGGAACGGGGAGAGACUCCCGGACACGUCUCGGGCUGGGCUGAGACUCCACGUGCCGAUAGAGGCGCCGAACUCAUUCAAGACACGCCCACUCCCGGCGCAUCCAAACGCAGGUCGAGAUGGGAUGAGACACCUGCAGCCGGCGGUUCUAUGACACCGGCCACACCUUCAAUGAUGACCCCAUCUAUGACUCCAAUCACCCCAAGCGGUGCCACUCCUAUGGGCCCCAAAGCUAUGGCAAUGGCGACUCCAUCUCCGGGACAGUUAGUUCCCAUGACUCCGGAACAGAUGCAGGCCUUCCGAUGGGAGAAAGAGAUUGACGAACGGAACCGACCGAUGACUGACGACGAGCUCGACUCGCUCUUCCCUCCCGGCUAUAAAGUAUUGCCCGCACCGGCCGGUUAUAUGCCUAUCAGGACACCGGCUCGCAAACUGACGGCAACACCGACGCCAAUGUCAGGCAUCGGAGGCGGCGGAGGAUUCUUCAUUCAGAAAGAGGAA